AUGACCGAUUCUGCCUCCAGCUCCACCACGUCCUCCAGCUCCUCGAGCAGCAUGAACACCCUCUCUGCUCCUGCUGUGUUCGUCGCCCCCUAUGCGACGAUCAAUGUCAAAAACCACAUCCCGGUGACCCUUGAACUGAUGAAGCCCAACUUUAAUCAGUGGGAACCGUUCUUCACCUCUCUCUACGGGAAAUUCGGUCUCCUUCCACACGUCGACGACACGGAGGCGGCCAGACCUGUCGAUCCUGCUUGGGCCAUUGCUGACGCCUGCGUCCGCAGCUGGCUGCUCGGUUCUGUCGGGCCAGACGUCAUCGGCCUAGCUGUGGCGCCGAACCAGACUGCGCGCGAGCUCUGGGUCGCCAUCAGGCGCCUCUUCGAGGCCAACAAGACUCCGCGUGCCAUCUUCUUGGGUCACAAGUUUCACUCCAUGACGCAGGGCGAUUCCUCCAUCAACGACUAUGCGCAGCGGAUGAAGGCCACCGCCGACGCGCUCCGCGAUGUCGGACGCACCAUCACCGACUCAGAGCUCGUCCUCAACUUCCUCCGCGGCCUCAACCCCCGCUUUGCCAGCACCGCCGACAACAUCGCCGACUCGCACCCGCUGCCGGACUUCGCCACCACUCGCGAGAAGCUCGUGCUGAAGGAGCUCCGCCUCUCCAACGAGGGCACCGUUGCGGCCCAGACAGCAUUUCACGCUGCGUGUGGUACCGGUUGCCGCACCAGCACCACCGGUGGUGGCCCCAUCGCCGGUCGACAGGGCGGCUACGGUAGCAGUUCCAGCAACGGCGGCGGUCAGGGCAGCGACAAUGGUCGCUGGAAGAAGAAGGGCAAGGGCAGCGGCGGCUCCAGCAGCGGUGGCGGUCACAGGUCGCCUGCACCGGCGGCCCCUUGGUACUACUACCCUCCCUGGACCGCCGGGGUGCACCAGCAGCCCUGGCGCCCGCAGCCGCCGGCGACAAACCAGGCCUGGCGCGGCCCUGGGGUCCUCGGCACCUUCCCUCAGGCCCAGGCGCACACUGCGUUCGCCCCUGCCUAG